GCGCUCCGGAGCGACGAAUUCCUUCAGCACGCGCGGAACGUUCGCAGAACGAUUGAAGAGCGGUUUAAACUCCAGAGCGGUUCGCCUGUCCUCCGUGAAGCACGCGCCGAGAGGACCACUUGCGUUUAUUCACACAGACGUCUAAAUCUAAAUCGGCUUGCAGAAAUGGCUGAACCAGACGUGAACCCUAAAGCUUAUCCUCUGGCCGACGCCACUCUCACCAAAACCAUCCUGGACCUGGUUCAACAAGCGGCCAAUUACAAACAGCUGAGAAAAGGGGCCAACGAAGCCACCAAAACCCUGAACCGUGGCAUCGCGGAGUUCAUCGUGAUGGCAGCCGACGCCGAACCUCUGGAGAUCAUCCUUCACCUCCCUCUGCUGUGCGAGGACAAGAACGUCCCGUACGUGUUUGUGCGCUCCAAGCAGGCCUUGGGCCGCGCGUGCGGGGUGUCCCGGCCCGUCAUCGCCACCUCCGUCACCAUCAAAGAGGGCUCUCAGCUCAAGCCUCAGAUUCAGUCGGUGCAGAUGGCCAUUGAGAGGCUGCUGGUCUGAGAAGUCUUCCGCGCCUGUCGUCUAUUAGCGUUUUAAUUCUCAACUUGAUUUUGUUUUGUGUACGUUAAGUUUUAAAGCGUUUACUUGUCACUUUCUUAUUUUGCCACCGGACGAGCUCGUGUACAUUUCUAUUGCGGAUUGAUAAUGUUUUUUUCUUUUAAGUAUGAGAAUUCAGUUUGACAUGGUAAACAUUUAAAAUUAUGAAGUUAUAUAUAGCGAUCGUUGUACAGACUUGUAAUAAAACACAAAAUCCAGGA